AUGCCUGUUUGCCUAGCACAGGGGGCGAGAGUCAUCCGUAAUAGCAAACAAAGAACUAUGUCGAAUGUAGAUUAUUUUGAUUACGUCGAUUCUGUGCAAGUAGAGUUUCUGGUCGAGCAGUGUAAGAAGUUGCAUCACUUGGCCGUACAUCGUGAGGAGCAGAGGAGGCUGGUCCAAGAGCAGCUGGACGAACAUAUGGAGGGAACUGAUACGAAGGAUUUCCCAGAGGUUUCCGGCCAGUCUAUGGUAGAGGACAGCACGACUAAGCACGACUGCAUACGGGCUACUAUACUACGGCAAGAGUUGAAAAUUCAGGAAACUGUGAUCGAGCAACUUCGGAAGGAUCUCAUUGAUGCGAAGGCGACUAUAGUAAAGCUGGAGGUUCGCUUAGUGGAUGCGGCAACUGAAGAGGAGGAGGAGGAAGCAGAGGAUUGGGCAGCGGGAACGGCGGUCAUUCAGCUUAUGAAAGCAUGGAAGUCGCUGGUGGCAUUUCUCGUCAUACACUUCUCAAGGAAUCUUGAGGGUCUCGACUCGAUCUUGAAAGCUGCUGCGAGCAGUUGA